UUUUAAUAUGCACCUCGUUUCUUCUCCAUGGAAUAAAACAAGUUCAAUUUUAGAAUGCCAACUUGCAUAUUUGAUAGCCAACAGAAAUUAAUCAAUUCUAAUCAAACAAGGCACCGGCAGCCCACCUUUCUUCUUCUCAAUUCCUUUUAUAACAACUACAUAUAUGCCUACGCUUCCCCACAGAUAACAGUCUUUAAAACAAAGUCACAAAGCUAUAGGAUUUUUUUUUUUUUUUUUUUGUGUUUGUUGUUCUCACAAUUGGAUAUGGACAUUAAAAGUAAGGUUGUUGAUGUCUCUUCUUUCUUGCUCUUUGAGGCUACCGGUGAUUCGGAAUCUGGUUGUUUUGAUCCUGCCAUAUCUGUUAUCAACCAUGAUGAAGAUGGUGAUGAUGAUAAUGAUGCAGAGUCAUGCAGCUGUGACACAACAUCUGAUUUUCUUCAUCGUGUUAGAGAGCUUAAUAGCUUAGAAGAGAAAGUAAAUGUUGGUGAUGAUCAUCAUGAAGAUGAGGAGGACGGGGAGGUGGUGGAGCAGAAGGAGGUUUGUGCGUAUAAAAAAUGCAGGGAUGAUUAUCAAAAUAUUAAUGGAGUGGCAAAGGAAAAGAAACCAUCAACUGUUUCUCUUGAUUCAACCAAAACCAAGAAUGAGAUGGAAAAGAACAAGCUAUUUUGGGAAGCCUGUCUAGCAUCUUAGAGUCUGGGUUCAACCAAAACCAUGAAUGAGAUGGAAAAGAACAGUCUAUUUUGAGAAGCCUGGCUGAAAUCUUGAAAGUCUGGCUUUUUUUUUCUUUUCUAGCUAGCCAAUGACUUCCCCAAUCCUCUUUUGUCAGUCAUUAUGUGUCUCAUUCGUUCUGCUCCAUGUUCUCCAGUUUCCUGUUUCCCCUAUUCUUUAGUUCUUUUCCUCCCUUUUGUUGGGUACUUAUCCAUUAUUUAUUUUGUUGUUUGCGUACAGCCAAUUGUACAUAGAUAACAUGGUUUUGCAACGAAAGUAUACAAAUGAAUCAACCUUGUUUCUGUAAUUUUGCAGUUUUCUCUUUAAUAAUCUUUGGGUUUCUUUCUUUCCUGCCUUCCUUGAGAUUAUAGUUUGUUGGCUGGAUUCUGCUUAUUAAGCUGAAAAAUUACUUUCGAAAUAAAAGAACCUUUUUUUUUUU